AAUUAACGUUGCGAUUUGCGAGUUGCGACGGCAUUUACAAAUACAAAAAUAUUUCUCUCCUGCACUGCUUCGUUCCAGCUGCUUUGUUUGUACGUUCCAGAACAAGUAGGAUUGGAGAGGAGAGGAGAACCGAGCUGUUCGUCCAAAGAGAUCUUUCAUUCACCUUCAAUAGAUUUACGCGAUUUCCCAGUUUCUGGAGAAAUUCUGUUUAUUUUUGUGUCGAGAUUCGUGUACGCCUGCAACAAAGAAUUUUUAUUCCGAAUACUCAGAUGGAGAAUGAGCACUGGAAUGAUACUUCCACUGUCUCGGAGCCUAAUCCAAUUGUAAAUGAUGAGAACAACUUGAAUUUAGCAGAUCGUGAAACAAAUGGUUUUACUUCAGGGCCAACUGAAAAUUCUGAAGGUCGAGAAGCAAUUAAACCAAAAGAGGUUGAGGUCAACCAGCCCGAUGUCCCGUGUAUUUACAGACAAGAUGUUGUGAGGUGCAACAAAGAUGGGAGUCGGAUUGGGGUUGUGACAGAAGUUGCUGGUGACUCUGAUUCAGAAAGCGACAUUACUGAUGACGAGGAUGAUGAUGACGGUGUUGAGAAUGAUGGUGGUGGUUAUGAUUUGGGUGAUGGUGAUUCUAAUGGGAAUGACAAUGGGAAUGGCAAUAGGAACAGUGGUGGUGCCUCAAAGAGUGACCCUCUUACAGCUGAUCAAGUCAGGGUGAUUUGGAUGGAUCAUUCUGAGACAACACACAAUCUCAAUGAUGUAACUGUUGUAGAUAGAGGAUUCUUGCAUGGGGAUAUUGUUGCGGCUGCUUUAAACCCAACAGGACAAGUGGGUGUUGUGGUGGAUGUCAAUCUCUCGGUUGAUUUAUUAGCUGCUGAUGGGUCCAUCAUAAAAGAUGUUUCCUCCAGAGACUUGAAACGUGUACGAGAAUUCUCAGUUGGUGAUUAUGUAGUUCUUGGUCCUUGGCUGGGCCGAGUUGAUGAUGUUUUAGACAAUGUUACUGUGUUAUUUGAUGACGGGGCGAUGUGUAAAGUCACGAAAGCUGAUCCUCUGCGGCUCAAACCAGUUUUCAAGAACAUCCUUGAAGAUGGGCAUUUUCCUUACUACCCAGGUCAGCGGGUUAGGGCAAGUUCUUCGUCGGUUUUCAAAAAUGCUAGAUGGCUUUCUGGCCUUUGGAGAGCUAGCCGUUUGGAAGGUACUGUUACUAAAGUUACUGUUGGAUCUGUGUUUAUCUACUGGAUAGCUUCGGCUGGCUCUGGAUUUGGUUCUGGGUCUGCAACUACUCCUGCUGAGGAGCAGAAUCCAAAGAAUCUGAAACUAUUAUCGUGUUUUGCACAUGCCAAUUGGCAGCUUGGUGAUUGGUGUCUCUUUCUGUUACAUUCUCAAUCAUCUUCUACUCAACAAGGUCAAAGUUCAACAGGAGUAAAACCUGAUGAUUCUACUAAUGAUGGACUGGUCUUAGCUGAUCCAGGAUGUGGAUGUGGUUCAGAAAUGGGCAUUGAAGAGAAAUUAAGCAAGAAUUUUUCAUCAUUCCAAGACACUGAAGCAAUGGAUCUUGAUAUACCUCCUAAUUUGGAUGAAAAUAUUGGAAAAAUGGGAAACAAUGUCUCACCAGAAGGUAGCUCUUGUGGUGAUAUGUUGCCCGUAUCAAAGGAACCUGUGCUUGAAAGUUGGCCUAUUCAUCGCAAAAAGAUACGUAGAGUAGUGGUUAGAAGAGACAAGAAGGCUCGAAGAAAAGAAGAAGAUUUUGAAAGAGCCCUUGUGAUAGUAAAUGCCAAGACAAGAGUAGAUGUUGCGUGGCAAGAUGGAAAGGCAGAAUUUGGACUGGAUUCAACCACUUUAAUUCCAAUUGAUACCCCUGGGGAUCACGAAUUUGUUACUGAACAAUAUGUGGUGGAGAAGGCCUCAGAAGACAGUGAUGAUACUAGUGAAGUGAAGCGUGUUGGUGUUGUGAAAAGUGUUAAUGCAAAGGAGAAAACAGCCAUUGUGAGGUGGUUAAAGACACUUACUAGGCCAGAAGACCCCCGGGAGUUCGAUAAGGAGGAAGUGGUCAGCGUGUAUGAACUUGAGGCACAUCCCGACUAUGAUUAUUGUUACGGGGAUGUUGUUGUUCGUUUAUCCCCAGUUUCUACUUCUGGUCAAACAGUUGGUAUGAUGAACUCUGUAGAAGAAUUAAAACAACAGGCACAAAACGAAGUUAAGCGGGACUUGAAUAAACAUCCUGGAUGUAAGAAAGUAGAUGCAACGUCCAAUGAUGAAGCUUAUGCUGAAUUCUCAGAUCUCUCUUGGGUAGGAAAUAUAACUGGUCUUAAAGAUGGUGACAUUGAGGUUACAUGGGCUGAUGGGAUGGUUUCUACGGUUGGGCCUCAAGCAAUCUAUGUGGUUGGUCGGGAUGAUGACGAGGAAUCUAUUGGAGCUGGGAGUGAAGUUAGUGAUGAUGCAGCUAGUUGGGAAACAGUUGAUGAAGAAGAAAUGGAUGUGCUUGAGAAUGCUGAAGAGGAUGCUGAACUGCAAAGUGCCAUUGACAACAAUCCUGAGGUAGAAGACAGCAUGACAAGUCAUUCAGAAGAGAACAAUUCCGGACGAAAUGGACCAUUAUCUAUGUCCUUAGCUGCUCUUGGGUUCGUUACCAGACUUGCCAGUGGCUUUUUCUCAAGUGGAAGAAAGCAGACAGAUCCUCUAUGUUCAGAAUUUGGGGACGAGAGCGCACCUGAAUCACAGAAUUUUAUUGAUGUUCCCGAGAGAAUAGUGACAAUUUCUGGCUCCAGUUCUCAGGAAUUUGAUGCAGUUGAUAGUUAUGGUCCUCAAACUACUGAACAUGCAGAACAUGCCUUAGUGGGUGCAGAUGUAUUGGCUGCCGCAGAAUCUUUAUGCUGGUUGAGGUCUAAGGAACUAGAUUCAUUCAACAUGACAGUGAGUUAUGAGGAUGAAACUUGCAGCUUCAAACGUUUUGAUACCGCUAAAGAUCCUUUGGACCAUUACUUUAUUAGUGCAAGUGGACAGAAUAACAAUGAAAGGAAGUGGCUCAAGAAGGUUCAGCAAGAUUGGGGCAUCCUUCAGAAGAACCUUCCAGAUGGCAUAUAUGUGCGAGUCUACGAAGAUCGAAUGGAUCUCUUAAGGGCUGCCAUUGUUGGAGCAUAUGGGACACCUUACCAAGAUGGCUUAUUUAUCUUUGAUUUUCAUCUUCCACCGGAGUAUCCUCUGGUUCCACCGUCAGUGCACUAUCAUUCUGGUGGCUGGAGGAUAAACCCAAAUCUAUAUGAGGAUGGAAAGGUCUGCCUUAGUCUUUUAAAUACCUGGGCUGGCCGAGGAAAUGAAGUCUGGGACCCAUCAUCCUCAAGCAUCCUUCAGGUCCUGGUUUCGCUCCAGGGUUUAGUGCUCAAUUCUAAGCCAUAUUUCAAUGAAGCUGGUUAUGAUAAACAAGUUGGGACAGCUGAAGGAGAAAAGAAUUCAUUAUCCUACAAUGAGAACACAUUCUUGUUGAAUUGCAAGUCAAUGAUGCAACUUUUGCGAAGGCCUCCCAAGGACUUUGAAGAGCUCAUCAAAGACCAUUUCAGGAGGCGUGGUUCUUACAUCCUUAGAGCGUGUGAUGCCUAUAAAGAAGGCUACUUAAUUGGUUCUCUGUCAAAGGAUGCUUCCAUAUGUGACAAGGGCGACGCAAAUUCAACUUCCGUUGGUUUCAAGCUAGUGUUGGCUAAGAUACUCCCUGAUCUAAUUCUUGCUCUAAGAAAAGUUGGAGCUGACUGUCACGAAUUCAAGCACCUGGAAAAGUCAUAGCUGAGAUAUCUUCAAAAAGGGGCUAACCUCCCAAAAUCACUUUCUUCAAGUAAAGGAGGUCAGCUGUUCUAAUUUCUGGUGUUCUAUUUUUCACGGUGGAGAUAAAAAGGGCUAACCUCCCAAAAUCUCUUUCUUCAAGUAAAGGAGGUCAGCUAUUCUAAUUUAUGGCGUUGGUAUUUUUCAGGAACUGCCCAGUGUACAGUUUUUGCUGAUAUUUAAAUGUUGGAUCUAUAUAAUUCAUGGCAGAGACAUUCUCUGUCAUGUUUGAGAGCUUGUGUGAACCAUAUUUUCUCUUUAUUCUUUAUUUUUAGCAGAUGGAGUUCUUUGGAGCAAAGUUACAGGUUCUCCUCUGUGUCAGUGAAAUUUUACCUCUGCUAAAAUUGCAGAGAUUGGGAACAAGUACAUAGUCUUGCAUCAGCCUUUAACUUGUAGUAGAUACAUUCAAAUUGAUUUGGUAUAAUAUGAUAGGAAAUUAAUUUGUGACAU